CUUCGUGAGCCCAGAUUAGAGACGGUCUCAUAUCAACACAAUCCACCAAUCCUCAAUCAAUAGCAUUACCCUCUUCACAAACAAGCACCGCUUCAGCAUCACUACAAAGAACAUUUCCAACUUCCAAAAACUUUCCAAUAUACAAAAUAUCUUCUUCAACAUGGCUGUGCCUAGUAUCACAGUCUCUUCCCCUAAAACCACAUCCGAGUCUCCCACGACCCGGGCUGCCAAAUCCCCUAUUGAGUGGGACCAUUACUAUUCCAGUCCACGCUUCUCCGAGAACCGAGACAUCGAAAUGCACAGACCGGAAGAUUAUGAGAACGACGGUAUCUACGACGCCGAGGAUGAUAAUCUGGACGAAAACUUCGUAUACGGGCGUCUUUCGCCUGUCCCUGCACCUCGACAGCGCACGAGAACACUUUCUGAUAUUAACGGCUACCUUCCCGGAUACCGCUUUGUCGGUAACCGUGAUGUUGAGAUGGGUGAGGCCGAUGUGGAGUAUGAAAGUUCAUUUCAUGAGUUCACCUUUGAGCAUCCGUUUCGCCAUGUCGAUGAGUUUGAGGGUUUUAGUGGCUGUUGGGGUGACAGAGAAUAUGAGGCAGAUGUUUCGGAGGCCGGCUAUGAUGCUGAAGAUGAAGAGUCAGGCGCUGAUGUUUCCUCGGAGGACGAUGAUGGGUCUGAGGACGAUGACACCUAUCGGGACGUCCCCGAGUUUUCCGUUUGCGACAGUCCCGCCGGCUUUCAAGGUAACGAUUCAGGGUACUACGCCAGUACGGAUUAUGAAGAGCCUGCCGAUGACCUCUCUGGGUAUGACCCCGAGGUUUCCUCCCUGGGUAAUGCUGCUGGUCACUACAGUAGCGGCCGUGGGGACAAUGACAUGGCAGUCGAAGAGGCAGUCUACACGAUUCCUCGAAUCCUUUCUGACAUGCAAGAUACCAACUGGGGACCUCGAAAGCGUAGGUUUGAUGAGUAUGAGGAGGUUGAAAUCGAAGAAGAUGGGUUCGAAGAGGGUGAGUUUGAAGAGGGUGAGUUCGACGAUGUUCAACUGGAGAAACCUAAGCGCGAGGUUGGCGAUGACGAUAGUACACCAUCUGAUGAUGAGAUGUGCAUGGAACACAUGUUGGACUGUGGAGUCUGUUCUGAUCUCUACUUCAACUCCACUGACGCUCCCCAGGAUGAUGAAUAUGCCCUCGAGGACUAUGCUCCUCAGGAUAACGAUGUUGAGUUCGAGGAGUUCCCUCGAAUGCUACAGGCGAUUCCUGAGCUGGAUGAACCCAACAGCUCCCUGCCCUAUGGCUAUGCAGACCACGCGCCUGGAGAUACUUAUGUGGAUGGAGGCUUUGGGGUCGAGGAUGACUUCUAUCCCGAUGAAGCUGGCCCCGUUGUGGACGAUGAAGGUUGCUAGGAUGAUAAUCCCCCCUACUUCAACGACGCUCAGCUCGAUUUGGCGGAGGUAAAGUACACUUUCAUC